CUUUUAUUUUGAAAUGCACACAUCUUCGGCACAAAUGUGCAGAUGAGCGGUCGGGCCUAUUUAGGGCUUUCUAAAGUUAGAUUUUAAACCGUCGAGAGAAAGCAAAUCAUGGGCCUUUAGUUACAAAUAAUAUCGCAUGAUCAAUCGUGAUCAGGGUUUUUUUCGCGUUGGUUUUGUGUUGUAUCAGACGGUAGCUCGUCGGAUUCGCGGCCGUUGCGGAGGGAGAUUGUUAUGACAUUCUCUUUGUCUCGCGCUGCACGAACCCAAGAGCAUAUCCCUUGGUGGUGAAAUAUCCUCCUAUCAGCGACCUGUGCAACCGAGCUAUUUUUAACGACCAAUUUUUCUUUUGUUCCUACCGAUCUGAUCAAGGCACUGGAAAAUGUCGUUGCACGGGAAACGAAAAGAGAUCUACAAAUACGAGGCGCCAUGGACCGUCUAUGCCAUGAACUGGAGCGUCAGACCCGACAAGCGCUUUCGGCUGGCACUCGGUAGCUUCGUCGAGGAAUAUAACAACAAGGUCCAGCUGGUGGGUCUUGAGGAGGAGAGCUCAGAGUUUGUAUGCAGGAACACUUUUGAUCACCCAUACCCAACUACCAAGAUCAUGUGGAUUCCUGACACCAAGGGAGUUUACCCAGACCUUUUGGCCACCAGUGGAGACUACCUGCGCAUAUGGAGGGUAAAUGACACAGAGACCCGGCUGGAAUGCCUUUUGAAUAAUAACAAGAAUUCCGAUUUCUGCGCACCUCUGACCUCUUUUGACUGGAAUGAAGUGGACCCCAAUCUUCUGGGCACAUCCAGUAUUGAUACCACCUGCACAAUCUGGGGUUUAGAGACAGGACAGGUGCUGGGAAGGGUCAACCUGGUGUCAGGCCAUGUCAAAACGCAGCUAAUCGCUCAUGACAAAGAGGUGUAUGACAUCGCGUUCAGCCGUGCGGGUGGUGGACGGGAUAUGUUUGCGUCUGUGGGGGCAGAUGGUUCUGUGCGCAUGUUUGAUCUGCGGCACCUGGAGCACAGCACCAUCAUCUAUGAGGACCCUCAGCAUCACCCGCUUCUACGCCUUUGCUGGAACAAACAGGACCCUAACUACCUAGCCACCAUGGCCAUGGACGGCAUGGAGGUUGUGAUACUGGAUGUGCGUGUGCCAUGCACGCCAGUGGCUCGUCUCAAUAACCACCGUGCCUGUGUAAACGGCAUUGCGUGGGCUCCUCACUCCUCCUGCCACAUAUGUACAGCAGUAGCGGACGAUCACCAGGCUCUGAUCUGGGACAUUCAGCAGAUGCCUCGGGCAAUCGAAGACCCCAUCCUUGCCUACACAGCCGAGGGCGAGAUCAACAACGUGCAGUGGGCCUCCACUCAGCCCGACUGGAUCGCCAUCUGCUACAACAACUGUCUGGAGAUCCUGAGGGUAUAAAGCAGUUCCUGUGUUUCCCGGUCGCCGAGUUCAGGGGCGAGUCUUGAGGUGAACGGAGUAAAGACUUGUUUUCUAAAGUUCCUGAGGUCCGGCGUAUCAAGCAGGAGAGGAUAUAAACGGGCCUGUGGGAAUAACGCUCUGAGCAAUGUGUGUGAAUCUUUGGUGUGGACGAAUGAGGCAGUGUCUGUCUGUAUUUCUGCACAAUAUAUCAUAUUGGUCUGUUUUCCUAUUUGAUGAUGUCCCAUGUAAAGUCUUCAUAAUGGGACAUGUAAUUCACUAUUAUUCUAUGGCCAUUUGUGUAGGUAAGAUUAGUUAUGUUUGUGUUUAACCGGUAUUUAAACAAGCAAUCAAGAUUGUGAAGAUAUACAGAUUUGCCAAUGCAGAACAACCUUUAUUAGGUUGUUAACACAUAAUGGCGUACGUAAGGGUUCUCUGAACUUCAGAUCUUCUUUAAAUUGACAUCAGACAUAUUUUUCAUUUGUCAUUUCAAGAAGGUGCCAUUUUUAUAUUCCUGGUUAAAAGUUUUGGGUGAACUGUUAAAUAUUCUAGGUAAAACGCAGAUUAAAAUACAAAACCUUCAUAACUGCUCCUCAAUCUCUCAGAUACUCAAUAGAGUUUAGUUGUAGUGUUGGUGUCAGUGGACACUAUAUUUGAAGAUAUAUUAUUGCUCACUGACAGUGAGAAGAUUCUCUGAACUUUUGUCAUGUUUUUCCCCCCAAAAUGUCAGUUCCCUUGCAGCAUGCUUGUGCUCGAAGUGAAAUGUGAACUAUAUACAUAUAUAAAAUAUUAUGUACAAGGCAGGACGAAGGUGUCACUUUUUUCAAAAUAAUUUUGCAUCGCAAGUCAUUUGGUCCAUAAAUUGUUCUGUUAUACAAAUAUAAUGUAGUAGUAAUGUCGCUAUUUUUUGGUCACGACUGAAAUCAGAAGUGAGUUCAUCACACUCUUCAAUAGAGUGUUUAUAAUGUAGUUCUGUGUGUCCUGCCAUAAUGCUUUUCUAUUAAUAAUAAACUUCUGUUGUUUCAUAAA